AUGAUGCCACCGGACUCGUGGCAGGCCGUGGCGGCGCGCAAGCAGGCGCAGCGCAGCGCCAAGAUACCGGCCGAGUGGCGCAUCCCGGCCUCGAUCCGGCCGCCGGCCGACGUGGCCUCGGUGCAGGACUUCGCGCGCGACUCGGCCUUCUUCACCGAAGACGAGUUGCGCAUCACCGAGGCCACGGCGUCCGAGGUCGUCUUCCGCGUCGCCCGGGCCGAGUGGACGGCGCUGCAGGUCACGACGGCCGUCUGCAAGCGCGCCGCCGUCGCCCAGCAGCUGCUCAACUGCCUGACCGAGGUGCUGUUCGACGACGCCGUCGCGCGCGCCAAGGAGCUCGACGCCUAUUUCUUGCAGACUGGCCGGACCGUGGGGCUGCUGCACGGGUUGCCCAUCAGCCUGUCAGAUCAGUUUUGGCUCAAGGGCGUCGACUCGACAAUAGGCUACGUCGCGUCGGCGGAUAAGCCGGCGGCAGAGGACUCGACAGUGGUCCAGCUACUACGCGAUGCCGGGGCCGUGUUUUACGCCAAGUCAAACGUCCCGACGACGCUGACAAGCGGGGAAACGGUCAACGGCCUCUUCGGCCGCACCGUCAACCCGAGGAAUCGAACCCUCAGCCCGGGCGGCUCGUCGGGCGGCGAGGCGGCGCUCGUGACGUUCCGGGCCAGCUUCUUGGGCGUGGGCACCGACAUCGGCGGCUCGGUGCGGCACCCGUGCUCCUUUACGGGCCUGUACGGUCUGCGGCCCUCUCACGGCCGCGCGCCGCACCGGCGCGUAUCGACCACGUACGCGGCGGGCCAGACCGACGUGCUGCGGCCCAGCGUGGCGCCGCUGUGCCGGUCGCCCGACGACGUGCGCCUCUUCAUGGCCACGCUCGCGGCCCUGCAGCCCUGGCGCCUGGACCCCCUGUGCCUGCACCUGCCGUGGCGCGUCGACCAGGAGCGCCUGCCGCCGCGCCUCUGCUUCGGCCUCUCGUACGGCGACGGGGUGGUGGCGCCCACGCCGCCGCUGCGAAGGGCGCUCGACAUGGUGCGCGCUCGCCUGCUGGCCGCCGGCCACGGCGUCAUCGAGCACACGGCCCACGAGGUCCGCGAGGCCGACGAGAUCAUCGGCCGCAUGGCGUGGACGGCCGAGGGGAACGGCGGCGACGAGUUCCCGAGGCGCGGCGCGGACCGGCCGGGCGAGCUGUCCAUGUCGUCGUCGUCGUCGUCGGGGGCGGCGGCGGCGGCGGCAGGCCUGAAAGGGGGCGGCGGCUGGCUAGGGGCCGGGGUGGGCGGCGGCGGUGGGCUGGCGGCGCCGGGGACGACGCAGGUGGUGCGGGCGCAGACGGUGUCGGAGACGUGGCAGAACCAGCAGGCGCGGUCGCUGCUGUUCCGCAAGUGGUCGGACCGGUGGGAGCGCACGGCGGCGCGGCCGGGGGCCAACGGGCGGGUCAUGGACGCCCUCAUCAUGCCCAGCACGCCCUUCCCCGCCGUCCGGCACGACCGCGGCCUGCCCUGGCACUAUGGCCAGCUGAGUCCGCUGCUCGACCUCACCACGGGCGUCUUCCCCGUCACCAAGGUCGACCUGGUCAAGGACGUGGUGCCGCCCGACUGGCGGCCCAUCUCGGACAAGGAUCUCGAGAUUAUGAAAUUCUAUGGGAGACCAGAAAAUCACGAAAACGCACUGGUCGGACUGGUCUUAAUAGGGCGGAGGCUCGAGGAGGAAAAAGUGACGGCGAUGCUAAAGGUGAUGGAGCAGGUUGUGGGGGUGGAUUAUUGA